AUGAUUCUUUCUAAAUAUCCAGGUUUGGUUCAAAACGAGAUUUUCCGAAACAUGGAAUUUUCCGAAUUAUUACUACUUUCUUUGGUCUCCAAAAAUAUGGAGAAAUUGAUAAAAUCGUCCCAAAAGAAAAGAUUGAAAAGUAUCAAUAAAAUUGUGUAUUUCACUGAUGGGAAAAAUCAUUUAUGUGUGUAUAUUCCCCGCGAACCAGAUGUAGACGUCAUAAUGAGAUUUGAAGAAUUCGAGAAGACUGAAAUUCCUGAUUUUCAGUUAAACGUAUCUGAAAAGAUAAUAGAUUUUCGAUUAUUCACAAGAGAACGUAAUAAAGAUUUUUGGUUACCCGAAACUGGCUUUCACCCUUAUCCGGUUGCAUGUGUUCACAAGUCGGACAAAGAAUCUAUAAUCGAAUCCGUCCAUAACUAUUUUCUUGAUUUUUUCGGAAAUUCAACGUAUUAUUGGAAAGCGGACUUUUUUGGAGGCGUGCAGUAUUAUUUUCCUACUCACCUGCAAAACGUAUCAUUCUGUAUGAGUACGUACGUCGCAGAUGACUUCAAGAUGAGGAAUCUUGAAAACUUUUUUUCCUCUUCUCCUGUUUUGAAAUCUGUUCAACUGUUCACAUCGAAUUCAGAGUUAUCAUUCAAUCCAGAAUCCAAAUUCUACCAGGCAGAAUCCAUUGACACAAUUCAAGACAGCAUCACUAUUCCUGAUAUUUUAAAUCAUUUUCAAGGGAAGCAGGCAUUUAUGGAAUGCAAAGAAUGCAAAAUAUGGAAUUUGAUCAACUUUGUGAAAAAAUGGAAAUCCGGAGAAGCCUUUCGAAAGCUGGAAUACUUGAAAGUUACAGUAUCAUUGCACGAGUUUAACGAAAUUAUAAUACAGAAUAUAAUUGGGGUAAAAUAUAUUGAUGCAAACAAGCAGCCACCAACGCACACUUUGCCUAGAGUGUAA